UAGCAAUAAUAGGUUUGGGCCAAGAAUGGUGGUUGGCAUUUGCCUAUUCACUUUCUUGUCUUCUAACAACUCACAGCUCUUGCACCUUUGAUUAGGAAACUCUGAUAAUAAAGUGUGAAACAUUCUCUCUCUCUUUCUCUCUCUGCACUGUGUGUACUGUGUGUUUGUGAGAAGUGGAAAAAAUGGCAGGAGGGCCUCUUGCUCCUGGCUAUGUAGCCAAAGAAAGAGCUGAGCAGUACCAAGGAAGAGUCACACCUUAUGUUAUAAUCACAUGUAUAGUUGCUGCUGUUGGAGGAUCACUCUUUGGCUAUGAUGUUGGAAUUUCAGGAGGGGUGACGUCGAUGGACGAAUUCCUCAGCAAGUUCUUCCACACGGUUUAUGUGGACAAGGGCCGAGAGCAAGAGAACAACUACUGCAAGUACAACAAUCAAGGCCUUGCAGCAUUCACCUCGUCGUUGUAUCUAGCCGGUUUGGCAGCUUCUCUGGUGGCAUCCCCUGUCACGAGGAAACACGGCCGUCGUGCAAGCAUAAUCUGUGGCGGGAUGAGUUUUCUAAUCGGGGCUGCUCUCAACGCCUCUGCUGCCAACCUUGGUAUGCUUUUAUUAGGACGUAUCAUGCUUGGCGUUGGCAUUGGCUUUGGGAAUCAGGCAGUUCCGUUGUACCUGUCAGAAAUGGCACCGGCGAAGCUGAGAGGAGGGCUUAACAUGUUGUUCCAAUUAGCAACAACACUAGGAAUCUUCACAGCAAACAUGAUCAACUCUGGAACAGAUAGAAUCCAUCCUUGGGGAUGGAGGCUCUCUCUUGGCCUAGCUGCAGCUCCUGCUUUCCUUAUGACUAUUGGAGGUGUGCUCCUUCCAGAGACGCCAAAUAGCCUAAUAGAACGCGGGCUGGAACGACAAGGCAGAGAAGUGCUGGAAAAUAUCAGGGGGACUAAAAACGUCGAUGCAGAGUUUGAAGACAUAGUCGACGCGAGUAAGCAGGCAAACGAAAUCCAGCAUCCAUUUCGCAACAUUCUGAGGAGGCGGAGACGGCCUGAGCUCGUCAUGGCGAUCUUCAUGCCGAUGUUCCAAAUCUUGACGGGCAUAAACUCUAUAUUGUUUUAUGCGCCGGUACUUUUUCAGAGUAUGGGGUUUAAGGGGAACGCUUCUUUGUACUCGUCUGCUUUGACUGGAGCCGUGCUUGCUACAUCAACACUAGUGUCGAUGGCCGCGGUUGAUAGAUGGGGUCGACGAGUUUUGCUCAUUAGUGGAGGCAUUCAAAUGAUUGUGUGCCAGAUCAUUGCUGCAGCAAUCUUGGGCUUGAAAUUUGGCAACAACAAAGAGCUGUCGAGGGAGUAUUCGAUCAUCGUUGUAACGACGAUCUGUCUAUUCGUGGCAGCGUUCGGAUGGUCAUGGGGACCCCUCGGCUGGACAGUGCCGAGUGAAGUCUUCCCGCUUGAAACUCGUUCUGCAGGCCAAAGCAUAACGGUGGCUGUGAAUCUGCUCUUCACUUUCAUCAUUGCUCAGUCCUUCCUCUCGAUGCUGUGUGCUUUAAAGUUCGGGAUCUUCCUUUUCUUCGCCGGCUGGAUUGCCGUCAUGACUGUCUUCGUGUACGUCUUCUUGCCGGAGACGAAGGGCGUCCCUCUAGAGGAGAUGGUGCUCCUGUGGCGGAAGCAUUGGUUCUGGAAGAGAAUUGUGCGUGAGUAUGAAGAAGCAGACGCUGAUGAAACUAGGGAAUGCAUUUGAAAUUCCUACACAUGUGUGUGUUGUUUCAGGACAACCUUGAUAGCACCUGAUUUUAAGGAAAUAAUAUGCCAUGGUAAUGUAGGACUAAACCAGAAAAAUGUAAUUUUGGUCCUGUAAUUACAGUGGGUAGUAAUAUUUAUCUUUUUUAAUUUCAAAUUUGGAAUUGAGGACUGUAAUUAAGAAAAAAAUCAACGUAGUUAGUUUAGAUGUCGCUGGAAAAUGCUAAAUUCGUCGGGAAUUAAAACAUGCUUGGCACGUGACCCUUUGAUU